CUUCCCAGCAUUGCCCGGGGCGCCUUGCGAGGACUCCAUUUCCCAGAGCGCCGCGGGAGGGCCCGACCUGGUCCCGCCCCCUCCACCUGGCCCGGUCCUGCCCGAGACUCCGCCGGCGCCGGAAGCAGCUCUCUGUGCGUCGGACAGGUGGGCUACGGCGCAGGUGCAGCCAACAUGGGUGAGCCCCAGGGGUCCAUGCGGAUCCUAGUGACUGGGGGCUCUGGGCUGGUGGGCAGAGCCAUCCAGAAGGUGGUAGCAGAUGGGGCCAGGCUGCCCGGAGAGGACUGGGUGUUUGUCUCCUCCAAGGAUGCCGAUCUCACGGAUACGGCACAGACCCAAGCGCUGUUUGAAAAGGUCCAGCCCACACACGUCAUCCAUCUUGCUGCAAUGGUGGGGGGCCUGUUCCGGAAUAUCAAAUACAAUUUGGACUUCUGGAGGAAAAACAUACACAUCAACGACAACGUGCUGCACUCGGCCUUUGAGGUGGGCGCGCGCAAGGUGGUCUCCUGCCUGUCUACCUGCGUCUUCCCGGACAAGACCGCCUACCCCAUCGACGAGACCAUGAUUCACAACGGACCGCCGCACAGCAGCAACUUUGGCUAUUCUUACGCCAAGAGGAUGAUCGACGUGCAGAACAGGGCCUAUUUCCAGCAGCACGGCUGCACCUUCACCGCGGUCAUCCCCACCAACGUCUUCGGGCCCCAUGACAACUUCAGCAUCGAGGAUGGCCACGUGCUGCCUGGCCUCAUCCACAAGGUGCACCUGGCCAAGAGCCUUGGCUCAGCCUUGACGGUGUGGGGUACAGGGAAGCCUCGGAGGCAGUUCAUCUACUCACUGGACCUGGCCCAGCUCCUUAUCUGGGUCCUGCGGGAGUACAGUGAAGUGGAGCCCAUCAUCCUGUCAGUGGGCGAGGAAGAUGAGAUCUCCAUCCAGGAGGCAGCCGAAGCUGUGAUGGAGGCCAUGGACUUCCAUGGGGAGGUCACUUUUGACACCACCAAGGCGGACGGGCAGUUUAAGAAGACAGCCAGUAACGGCAAGCUGCGGGCCUACCUACCCGACUUCCGAUUCACGCCCUUCAAGCAGGCGGUGAAGGAGACCUGUGCCUGGUUCACUGACAACUACGAGCAGGCCCGGAAGUGAAGCGGGGCAGAGGGAGCGGUGCCGCCUUCUCCAGGCACCCAGCUCAGCCGGCAGAGCCCAGUGGCAACCACCCUCAACCUGCCAGGAGUUGAGGGCACUGCCCUCGUCAGGGAGCCCGGGCUCCACCCUCUCUGCCUGGGCAGCUCUGGGUAACUGUCCAGUGGGCCCACCAUUCACAUCCAUCCUCAGGGAAACCAAGGCCUGGCCAGGCCUGGCACCACUCCCCGUGUCGGUCCCUGAAUGUGUCCACUUCUGGUCCUGUUCUUCCGCUCCCCAGGAACCAAUAAAGUGCAUUUUCACA